AUGGCUCUAUGUAGCAAUUUUGUCGACAAUGUCCAACACGAUGGCAUAGAGCCAAUCCAAGACGACGUCAUUGCCAACGCCGACAUAGUUCAAGACAUGACUACGUCUGAUCCCACCCGCCACAGAUACCUCAGCCCAACCGAAAUCAGCAUUGGUGCGGGCUAUUCCAUCAAGUUUGAAAACGACAUCAAGAAUCUGUACAAGGAUGGCACCAUAUGCGACCAAUCCACCCUCCCAGAGGCUGUCAUCUCCAAUAUCAACCAAUAUCGUGGUGGCAGGGCCACCUCGAUGAUCGGCACUACCGUCUCAAACAACUACGGACUGCACAUGGGACCAGACCACGCAUUCCAAUUCUACAAGCGCAUCCAACAUCCCAGCAGCGAUGACGAGGACGGGGCUACCAACACCACUACGACGCUCGACAAGCGCUACGGAUACAGAUGCACCAACAAGGCUAUUGGCGCCGAUAAGACCUGUGGCAACAAGGUCAAGAGCGGCAACCCCAUCAACAGUGCACACAACUGCCCUGGCAAAGGAUAUGAAUGCACAUUCCCUCAAGGCCCGGAAGGGAAUGACUAUGGUAUCUGCUGCUACAGCAUCAGCACUGCGCAGUCGUGCGGCUUUGAGGGCGGCUACUGCUUCUUGGAUAAAGUCAAGAACACUUGCGGAAACGACUGCAUCAACUGA